GCCCUGCCGUGCGGGAGCGGCACGGCGCGGGUUGGGGUUGCGGGUUCCCCCGCUCCCCGUCAGCCCUCAGGUCAGCCCCAGCCGUUAAAUAGGGCGGCAGCCGGCAACGCGACGAGUCCCUCCCCGCGCUUCGGCGGCGAGCGCCGGACGAGGGUCUGGUCCCCCCACCGCCGCCACCACCACCGCAUCGGCGAGGGGAUGCCCCGGAGGAGGGUCUCGGUGGCCUAGCGCGGUGACACGGUGCCGCAGCCCCCCGUCCCGUCCCAGCCCGCCGUGGCGGGCGAGCCUCGGACGGCGCAGGAGGAUCCAGGCAGGCGGCGGGACGCAGGGGUGGCCGCUGCGGUGGGCGACGGCUCCCGCACCCCCUCCUCGGCGCAGAGACCCGAGCGCGGCGGCGGGGUCCGCUUUGGUGCUGAAGAGGUGACGACGGUCCCAGGUGCCCGCCCUCGCUCCCCACCAUGCCAUCCAGCGGGACCCUCGACGCCAGCAGCCCCGCUCCGGACCGCGAGGCGCUCGACACGCACAAGGGGGAAGAGGAGCCCGAGGAGAACCAGAGCAAGGAGGAGAAGCAGGAGCCGGGGACGCCCAUGAGGAAAGCGGGGCGGCCCGGGCGGAAGCGCAAGCAUGCCCAGGUGGAGAGCAGUGACACCCCCAAAGACAUCGCGGCCGUCCCCAAGUGCCCCCCGCCCUGCCCGGAGGCCAGCCCUGCCGAGCCGCUGCCCAACGGGGACGUGGAAGGGGACGGUGCCCAGUGGAAGGGCGCGGAGGAGGGCGGCGCGAGCCCCAAGGGCGGGCGGCCCGAGGAGGACGAGACGGAGAGCCUGCCGGACGGCGAGACGGGCCGGGCGCUGGAGAACGGCCGCUGCACCCCCAAGGAGGGCCUGGACGCCCCGGCCGAUGAGGGUGAGCUGGCCCCUUCCGACCCCCAGAAGAAACGCGGGAGGAGGAAACUCCUGGAGGCCGCAGAGAAAAGUAAGGAAGAGAAGGAAGAAAACAACUUCGACACCCUGAAAAUGGAGGGCUCCCGCGGGCGGCUGCGCGGCGGGCUGGGCUGGGAGUCGAGCCUGCGGCAGCGGCCGAUGCAGCGGCACACCUUCCAGGCCGGAGACCCCUACUACAUCAGCAAGAGGAAGCGGGACGAGUGGCUGGCGCGCUGGAAGCGGGAGGCGGAGAAGAAGGCGAAGGUGAUCGCCGUGAUGAACGUGGUGGAGGAGACGCCGCGGGCCGAGCCCCAGAAGGAGGAGGAGGCCAGCCCCCCCGCCUCGCAGCAGCCCACCGACCCCGCCUCGCCCAACGUGGCCACCACGCCUGAGCCUGUGGUGGCCGACGCCGUCGACAAGAACACCUCCAAGUCAGCCGACGACGAGCCCGAGUACGAGGAUGGCCGGGGUUUCGGCAUUGGUGAGCUGGUGUGGGGCAAGCUGCGCGGCUUCUCCUGGUGGCCUGGGCGCAUCGUCUCCUGGUGGAUGACGGGCCGGAGCCGGGCGGCCGAGGGCACCCGCUGGGUGAUGUGGUUCGGAGACGGCAAGUUCUCGGUGGUCUGCGUGGAGAAGCUCCUGCCACUCAGCUCCUUCGCCAGCGCCUUCCACCAGGCCACCUACAACAAGCAGCCCAUGUACCGCAAAGCCAUCUAUGAGGUGCUGCAGGUGGCGAGCAGCAGAGCAGGGAAGAUCUUCCCGGCGUGCCCCGAGAACGACGAGACCGACACCUCCAAGGUGGUGGAGAUCCAGAACAAGCAGAUGAUCGAGUGGGCCCUGGGCGGCUUCCAGCCCUCCGGCCCCAAGGGCCUAGAGCCCCCCGAAGAGGAGCGAAACCCCUACAAAGAAGUUUACACGGAGAUGUGGGUAGAGCCAGAAGCAGCUGCCUACGCACCGCCCCCACCCGCCAAAAAACCCAGGAAAAGCACAACAGAGAAGCCCAAGGUCAAGGAGAUCAUCGACGAGCGCACCCGAGAGCGGCUCGUUUACGAGGUCCGGCAGAAAUGCAGGAACAUCGAAGACAUCUGCAUCUCCUGUGGGAGCCUCAACGUGACCCUGGAGCACCCUCUAUUUAUCGGAGGAAUGUGCCAAAACUGCAAGAACUGCUUCUUGGAGUGCGCGUACCAGUACGACGACGACGGCUACCAGUCCUACUGCACCAUCUGCUGUGGUGGCCGCGAGGUGCUCAUGUGCGGCAACAACAACUGCUGCAGGUGCUUCUGCGUGGAGUGUGUGGACCUGCUGGUGGGCCCGGGGGCGGCCCAGGCGGCCAUCAAGGAGGACCCCUGGAACUGCUACAUGUGCGGCCAUAAGGGCGUCUACGGGCUGCUGCGGCGGCGGGAGGACUGGCCCUCGCGCCUCCAGAUGUUCUUCGCCAACAACCACGACCAGGAGUUUGACCCACCCAAGGUGUAUCCGCCGGUGCCGGCCGAGAAGAGGAAGCCCAUCCGGGUGCUCUCGCUCUUCGAUGGCAUCGCCACAGGCCUGCUGGUGCUGAAGGACCUGGGCAUCCAGGUGGACCGCUACAUCGCCUCCGAGGUGUGCGAGGACUCCAUCACCGUGGGCAUGGUGAGGCACCAGGGCAAGAUCAUGUACGUCGGGGACGUCCGAAAUGUCACCCAGAAACACAUACAGGAGUGGGGGCCCUUCGACCUGGUGAUUGGGGGGAGCCCCUGCAACGACCUCUCCAUCGUCAACCCGGCCAGGAAGGGGCUCUAUGAGGGCACCGGCCGGCUCUUCUUCGAGUUUUACCGCCUGCUCCAUGAAGCCCGGCCCAAGGAGGGCGACGACCGGCCCUUCUUCUGGCUCUUCGAGAACGUGGUGGCCAUGGGGGUGAGCGACAAGAGGGACAUCUCGCGCUUCCUGGAGUCCAACCCCGUCAUGAUUGAUGCCAAAGAAGUGUCUGCAGCACACCGGGCACGGUACUUCUGGGGGAACCUUCCCGGGAUGAACAGGCCACUCGCGUCCACAGUCAACGAUAAGCUGGAGCUGCAGGAGUGCCUGGAACACGGCAGGAUAGCCAAGUUCAGCAAAGUGCGAACCAUCACCACUCGCUCCAACUCCAUCAAGCAGGGCAAGGACCAGCAUUUCCCCGUCUUCAUGAAUGAGAAGGAGGACAUCCUGUGGUGCACGGAGAUGGAGAGGGUCUUCGGCUUCCCGGUGCAUUACACAGACGUGUCCAACAUGAGCCGCCUGGCCCGGCAGAGACUGCUCGGCAGAUCCUGGAGCGUGCCGGUGAUCCGCCACCUCUUUGCGCCCCUGAAGGAAUACUUUGCCUGCGUUUAAGAGAGACAGACAGGAACUGGUGACACGGAGCGAGUCAGAAACAAAACCAUCGAUGCCAAGUGAAAACACGGAAUGAGAGAAGAGUCAGCACCCAGAAGACGGGAUUUCGCAGCCCGACGGGAACCCGGCACAUGUCUCCCCGAGCGAAAGGGUUCGGUGUCCUCUCCUGAAUUUCCAAUGUUCAGCUUUUAGCCUAUUUAAAAAAAAAAAAAAAAAAAACCACAAAAAAAAAACCAACGAAAACGACAAAAACACAAAAAGGAAACGAAAAAAAAAAGAGAAACAAACAAAAAAAACCAAAACCAUAUUUUUAUUUUUUUUUGGGUAAACUUUUAAUUUUCCGCUCUUUUCUGGCUGGGUUUUUCUGUUGGUUUGGUUUCUGCUUCUCGGAGCAGCGGGCGAGACGAGACUGCCGUCGCCAGCUCCGCUCUCGGAGGAGGGGAAACGGGCGGCGGGGAAAACCCCAGCCGGGAGAGAGCGGAGGCGAAGGAGAAAAACCCGCUCGCUCUGUCUUGCGCCGAGCGCGCGCCGAGCUCGCGCCGAGCUCGCCGCCCCGGCCGCCGGCCCGGCGAGCUUUGUAAGGAGGUUCGGGGGGGGGGGAGAGCGCGAAAGCGGCAGGGAAAGGCGCUCGGCCGGCUCCGCGAACGCCCAGCGACUUGAGCCUCACUCUUUUUUCCACCAGCACCGUUCACUGGUGAUAUGGAGCCGACCCAACUGGCAGGGAAGCCGAGAACACACACAACCACAACACACACCUUUUCUACAGUAUUUUGGGUGCCUACCACACAGGAAACCUUGAAGAAAGCAAAUUCUAGAAGCCGCUGUUACCUCUUGUUUACAGUUUAUAUAUAUAUGAUAGAUAUGAGAUAUAGAUAUAUAUAUAUAUAAAAGGUACUGUUACUACUGUACAACCUGACUUCAUAAUGGUGCUUUUAAACAGCGGGGUGAGUCGAGACAUCAGCUUCCAUGUUGCCUUACGUGCCGGGCCUUUCCGAGCGAGCGGCGCGGGAGGGGGCCGGGGGCAGCGGCCGGGCAGGAAGCGGCUCCAUCCCGAGUCAUGCAAUAACCUUUUUCUGUCCU